AUGGGAUGCGAUGGCGGAACGAUUCCUCGACGAGAUGAGCUGGUGAAGACCAAGAAGAAGAAGGAGCAGAAGGAUAAAAAGGCCGAUAUGGUGGCAAAGUGGAAGUACUGCGCCAUCUCCUCAAAUAAGCUCGUCAAGCCGAUUGUCUCCUGUGAACUGGGACGACUGUACAACAAGGACGCCAUCAUCGAGUUCCUGCUCAACAAGGAGUCGCCCAAUGCGUCGAUGCUCAAUCACAUUCGCAACCUGAAGGACAUCGUGGCGCUCGUCUUGACGGAGAAACAGGGCUACAAAGAGCAGGACACUGCUGGUGACCAGGAGUCCGAUGUGCAGGACUCCCUCUACGUCUGUCCCAUUACCAGCCUGGAGAUGAACGGUAAGUACAAAUUUUACUACAUUCGCUCCUGUGGCUGCGUCAUGAGCGAGCGAGCCAUCAAGGAGGUGAAGACGGAGGCGAAAACCUGUCUUCUCUGCACCAAACCAUUUGUCGAGGAUGACCUGAUUCUGCUGAAUGGAAACGACGAAGAGGUGGAAGAUCUGCGGAAGAGGAUGGUUGAACGACGAAGCAAAGCCAAGGACGAGAAGAAGCGAAAGCGAGGCAAAGCUAGCAGUGACGAGGAGAAGGGUCGCAAGGAGCAAAAGACGACGGUUGACACUCAGGUGCCGUCAACCAGCAAAUCGUCGACAGCCAACGGCAGCAGCACCAGCGCCAGCAGCAACGUCAAAGCAUCCUCACUCUCAGUACUGCAGAAUAAGGCCGCAAAGGAUUACUCGGUCAGCAAGGAUCCAAACGCCAGUGAAGCCUACAAGUCGCUCUUUACCACACACGAAAGUGCAAAGAACAAAGUAAAAGCGCACUGGGUAACUUUCAACCCCUGCUACAAUUGA